UUGCGGUUUUUCAAACAACCCCUUCUUCACGUUACCUACGUUUUCAUUCAAAACCACAGUACGACAUCGAAAAAAACAAAAAGUCAUAAUAUAUAUCAACAAAAGGGAACGAUAUUUUCAGCAAAGUUUUGCUCUCCACGUUUAUUGAAUCAAGGUCUUUUCUAAUGCUAGGUGUUGAAUUUGGUUAACCAGUCUUGGAGGUUUAUCUGCUAUUAUUAAAAGUGUUGGGAUACAAGUACCAAGCAGAAGUUUGCCAAGGCAGCUGCUUUUAGCUGAUGCCAUCAUCAUAGUAUGGACUUGAAUCAAUUUUUAAAUUUUAACGUUAUUAGUUCGGAAGGAUUCCCUUGCACAUCGUCUUGUACUCCUAUUUCACCAAUAUCCAACCAGUUGCUUGGAUCCUUGAAACUUGACAUAGGAAACUCACCUAACUCGGCCCUUUCUAGUCAUUUUGAUUCUGAUACUCUUUCUUCUGCAUUAAGUGACAGUCAGGAAUUGCACACCUCUGGGGAAAUUCACUCUGGUGUCAACUCUUGCAAGUCUUUGCAGGAAAGCAAUCAUUAUUUGCACAGGCCAGUCUCAUUUGUAGACCAUCUCCAAGACGGUUUACAUCUAUCUACUAGGAGCUUUCUUCCACAGGAUGCAAGUUAUGACCAUGAAACUAGACAUGCAUUGCUGGAAUUAGAAACAGCUUUGAUGGCACCUGAUGGUGAAGAUCAAAUCACCACAUCAAGCACUUCUUUGGGUGUUGGCAGUAGACCAACAACAUCUUGCCAAAGAAAUAGGUCCUGGAGCUCUGAGGGCCAGUCAAGUGAUGUUGCACAUGUAGAGAAGCACCACAAAUCAGUGGAGGAAGAAUCGCUGCAAGGAUUUCCAUCAUGCAAUUUGAAACAAUUGCUGAUUGUAUGUGCCAAAGCCUUGUCUGAAAACAACAUGCAACAUUUUGAUCAAUUGAUAGAAAAAGCUAGAAGUGCUGUGUCUAUAACUGGGGAGCCAAUCCAGCGCCUUGGUGCUUAUUUGGUAGAAGGGCUUGUUGCAAGGAAGGAGGCAUCAGGAAAUAACAUCUACCAUGCCCUAAGAUGCAGAGAGCCUGAGGGAAAAGAUUUACUCUCUUACAUGCAGCUACUGUAUGAAAUCUGUCCCUACUUAAAAUUUGGUUACAUGGCUGCCAAUGGCGCUAUUGCUGAAGCAUGUAGGAAUGAGGACCAAAUUCAUAUCAUAGACUUUCAGAUUGGUCAGGGAACUCAAUGGGUGACACUUCUUCAAGCUCUUGCAGCAAGACCUGGUGGAGCUCCCCAUGUGCGGAUCACAGGGAUUGACGAUCCCCUUUCUAAAUAUGUUCGUGGUGAUGGACUGGAAGCUGUUGGGAAAAGGUUGGCUGCGAUAUCUCAGACAUUUAACAUCCGAGUUGAGUUCCACGGCGUGCCUGUUUUAGCUCCAGAUGUGACAAAAGACGUGCUUGAUGUUAGGCCUGGUGAGGCUUUGGCUGUGAACUUCCCUUUGCAACUCCAUCAUACAGCUGAUGAAAGUGUUGAUAUGAGUAAUCCAAGGGAUGGACUUUUGAGAUUGGUGAAAUCACUUUCUCCCAAGGUAACUACAUUGGUUGAGCAAGAGUCAAACACAAAUACCACUCCUUUCUUCAACAGGUUUAUAGAAACCUUGGAUUACUACUUGGCAAUGUUUGAGUCCAUUGAUGUGUCUCUUCCGAGAAAGAGCAAGGUGCAGAUUAAUAUGGAGCAACAUUGUUUGGCUCGGGAUAUUGUCAACAUUAUUGCUUGUGAAGGGAAGGAAAGGGUAGAGAGACAUGAGCUGUUAGGCAAGUGGAAGUCUAGGUUAACAAUGGCUGGCUUUCGUCAAUAUCCUUUGAGUUCUUAUAUGAAUUCUGUCAUAAGAAGCCUGCUGAGGUGCUAUUCAAAACAUUAUAAUCUUGUGGAGAAGGAUGGGGCCAUGCUACUGGGAUGGAAGGACAGAAAUUUGAUUUCAACUUCAGCUUGGUAUUGAUUACAUGCAGAUAGGAAAUAAUGCAGUGGUAGAAAUAUGUUGCCGACUGAGGUUUAUGUUGAUUUCUAGGGCCUUGUGUUCCUUACCAUUGUUCUAAAGGUCAUUAUUUGAUAAAUUAGUCUAUUGAGUUUCAUGUCAUAGUGAUGCAGAUAACUGCAUACCAAUUCUUUUAUAAACUAUUUAGGUAUGUACAGUGUUUUGAUCUACAAAUAUUGUACUUGUACCUGAAACUUAUCCUUGGUAUCCAAUAUAAAUUAAAUGAAUUCACAGUAAGGUUAUUGACA